UAUUUUUGUAUAUUUCGCUUGGUGGUUGGUUUCAAUUUUUGUAUCCUCCAAAUACAUUUUUAUUUUUUGCCGCCGAAUGGUAUAAAAGAAGAACUACAUAAUACACAAACCGAACCGAACAAUUAUUAGCAAAAAUAAAAUAAUAUAAUUUUAUCGUGCUAAUCAAAAGAAUAAUGCAUUUAUUUUGCGUUUGUUAAUUGGAAAUCUGUUCAUAUAUUAUUUGUUGUUUAUAUCUAUCAUCGAUUUCUAUUUCUUUUUUUUUUAAAUAAAUUAGUUAAUAUCGCAGAGUUCAAUAAAAAGUGAUAUUGACAAAUCGUAUUUAGAAACAAUGGCUAUGCCAAACGAAGUGGGCGUCCGGGACUUUGUCCUAUUGGACUCGGUAACAUUGGAGAAAUUCAUGGAUAACCUUCGAAAAAGAUUUCAAGUUGGAUCCAUUUACACAUACAUCGGAGAAGUAUGCGUUUCGAUGAAUCCUUACAGACAAAUGAAUAUUUAUGGUCCAGAUACGAUAAACAAAUACAAAGGUCGAGAAUUAUUUGAAAAUCCGCCACAUCUAUACGCCAUUGCAGAUUCAGCACAUAGAAUUCUCAAACAAAGACAUCAAGACACAUGUAUUCUUAUUUCGGGAGAGUCAGGAGCUGGAAAAACAGAAGCAUCAAAAAUAAUCAUGAAGUAUAUUGCUGCUGUAACAAACGUUCAAGGCCAGAACGAAAUUGAAAGAGUGAAAAACGUACUCAUUCAGAGUAAUGCCAUCCUAGAAACAUUUGGUAAUGCGAAAACAAACCGAAAUGACAACUCCAGUCGAUUUGGAAAGUACAUGGACAUUGAAUUCGAUUAUAAAGCUGAUCCCGUCGGUGGGGUUAUAACUAAUUACCUACUUGAAAAAUCGCGUGUUAUUCAGCAACAACCUGGAGAAAGAAAUUUCCACUGUUUUUACCAGCUUCUUCGAGGUGGGAAUGACAAUGAGCUUCGUCAGUUUGAUAUUGUAAGAGACCCAAUGAAGUACCAUUAUACCAACCAGGGCAGUAUAGAUGUUCUAACUGAAAAAUCUGAUUAUAAAGGCACCUGCAACGCCUUUAGAACGCUUGGAUUUACACCCGAAGAAACAAAUACAAUUUGGAGAGUUGUAGGUGCGAUUCUCCAUCUAGGAAACAUAACCUUCCAAAGUCAAGAAGACGAAUUAAUCAUAGCAAACAAAUCCCACCUUAAAUCAGCAGCGAAACUUCUUCAAGUUACCGAAAAAGAAAUAUCAGACGCACUUACAAAAAGAGUUAUAGCCGCAGGCGGUAGUGUCAUGGAAAAAGAGCACAGUGACACUCAAGCUGAAUUUGGAAAAGAUGCUCUAGCAAAAGCAAUCUAUGAUCGCCUAUUCACAUGGAUUAUAAGUAGAAUAAAUAGGGCGAUAGUAUUUCGUGGUUCGAAAGCUCAAGCUCGAUUUAACUCUGUGAUUGGUGUGCUUGAUAUUUAUGGGUUUGAAAUUUUCGAUUCGAAUAGCUUCGAACAAUUUUGCAUUAAUUACUGUAACGAAAAGUUGCAACAAUUAUUUAUUGAGCUUGUACUGAAACAGGAACAAGAAGAAUACAUGAGGGAAGGCAUCGAAUGGACAAACAUUGAUUAUUUCAACAAUAAGAUUAUCUGCGAUUUAGUUGAGCAACCACACAAAGGCAUAAUUGCUAUUAUGGACGAGGCCUGUCUGAGUGUAGGCAAAGUUAAUGACGAAACACUUCUUGGUGCUAUGGACAAAACUCUUAAAACUCAUCCUCAUUACACAAGUCGCCAACUCAAACCAAUGGAUAAAGAACUCAAACAUCGUGAAGACUUUCGAAUCACACACUACGCUGGAGAUGUAAUCUAUAAGAUUAAUGGUUUUAUUGAAAAGAACAAGGAUACUUUGUACCAGGACUUUAAACGUCUCUUACAUCAUUCUAAGGAUCCGAAUAUAAGUUCAAUGUGGCCCGAAGGUGCUCAAGACAUCAAAAAAACAACAAAACGACCGCUUACUGCUGGAACUCUUUUCCAAAAAUCAAUGAUCGAGUUAGUCAGUACUUUAUUAAAGAAAGAACCUUUCUAUGUCCGUUGUGUUAAACCAAAUGAUAUUAAAAGUGCAACUGUUUUCGAUGACAUGCGCGUAGAACAUCAAGUUCGUUAUUUAGGUCUUUUGGAAAAUGUUCGCGUCAGACGAGCUGGUUUCGUGCAUCGCCAGCGAUACGAUAAAUUCUUGUUACGCUACAAAAUGAUUUCGCAAUACACAUGGCCCAAUUUCCGCUCAGGUAGCGACAAAGAAGGAGUUAAAGCUCUUAUUGAUGAAAAGGGUUUCAUAAACGAUGUUAAGUACGGACAAACAAAAAUAUUUAUUAGGUCUCCAAAAACAUUAUUUUCCUUGGAGUCCCAGCGCAAUGAAAUGAUUCCGCAUAUCGUAACUCUUUUGCAGAAGCUAGUUCGAGGCUGGAUUUGCCGAAGAAAUUAUCAUAAAAUGAAGGCAGCUAUGGUAAUUAUGCGAUACUAUAAGACGUAUAAACUUCGUUCGUACGUUGCUGAUCUAGCACAAAGAUUCCGUCAUGCUAAGAACAUGCGUGACUAUGGAAAGAGCAUACAAUGGCCUGAGCCACCACUAUCUGGCCGUAGCGCCGAACCACGUCUGAAACAUCUCUUUAACAACUGGCGUGCAUUCAUGAUUCUUCGGAAAUUCCCAAGAUCCGAAUGGCCUCAGAUGCGAUUGCAAAUAAUUGCUGCUAGCGCACUCAAAGGACGCCGAAAACACUGGGGACAGUCUAGAAAAUGGGUCGGUGAUUAUUUGUGCAAUUCUCAAGAAAACAGCGGCUACAUUGGGUACACAGCAAGUGUCAAAAAUUUAAAGAACUCUGAUGGUUUUAAAUUCGUGUUGUUUUCCGGAUUUGUUAAAAAGUUCAACAGACACAACAAAAGUGCAGAUCGUGCUUUUAUUAUAUCAGAUACAGCUGUUUAUAAAUUGGAUGGGGCGAAACAUAAAUUCAAAAAUAUGAAGCGAUCGAUUUUAAUUAAAGAUUUGACAUCAAUAAGCGUUAGUCCAGGACGAGAUCAGCUAGUUGUGUUCCACUCUGCAGCAAACAAUGAUUUGGUUUUCAUGUUACAAGGAGAAAACAGACCACUUGAAGAAGAUCGAAUUGGAGAACUUGUAGGAAUCGUAUGUAAAAAGUAUCAAGACAUUAACAACCGUGAACUUCGAGUAGAUGUCAGUUCAACUAUUCAGUGCCGAUUAGGUGGCAAACAACGAUCGAUCGUUGUAGAAGGAACUACUGGAGUAGAAAAUCCAAACUUCCGACAUUCCGCCGCAUCAAUUAUUCUAGAAGUUCCAUCAUCAUACUGUGUUUAGUAAUUUGAGAAGCAUAUUUUACAAAAAAAAAGUGUUAUUUAUUCUUAAGUUUAUUUAUUGCUACAAACACAACUUUCUGUCGUAAAAACAAGAAACAAUUUUUUUUAUCUUAUUUUAUUUAACUUUAGCUUUUCUGUUUCUGUGUUUUUUUUUUAGUAUUUUAUUUCAAAUAAAUAAUCAAACUCUAAAGUAAGAUAGUAUUGAACUAUUUUAAAAAAUAUUUUUAACAAUGUUAAAUUAGUCUUCGACAAAAGAUUUCUUAAAGUAUGAAUGUUUUGUAUUUUUUUUUUAUUAAAUAUAAGAAUGCUAGCGUACAAUAAUAAUAAUCAAAAUAGAAUGCAUUUAAUAAAAUUAAAAAAAAAAAAAUAAA